UUAUUUCUUCCUCUUUCUCUCUUCUUUUUUUAUUAUUAUUAUUUUUUUAUGUCUUCUACAAUUAUAACACAUUGUAUGCCUUAUCCAGUUACGUUUAAUAUGGAGCAACAAGAGUUAAUACAUUGUGAUCAUUCUAUUUCUUUACCACCUACACCCAUUGCAAGUGAUGAUGAAGAAGAACAUCAUUCACAGAAAACAGUUUCAUUAGCUGAUUUAAUUCCCAUUGCAUCGGCUGCUUUAUUAAAAAACAAACAAACAAUACAGCAAGAAGAUUCGUCCUUAGCACGAGCUUUAACUAGAGUAAAGAUUGGACUGCAAACACAUCGAUUAAAAGAAAGCUAUUUAACAAAAGAAUGGAUCCGACUUGCUCUAGCGAUGCCUGUGAAUGCAUCCAUGAUUAAUACGGAAAAAAAAGGACAAAUAUCACGGAAACGAACAAAAGAAAUUUCUACAUGGUUUGAACACAAAUUAAAAAAAAGGAUAUUAACCUUAGACGAACUUGAAAAGAAAGUAGAUGAAUUAAGGCGACAAAGACAAGAGGAAUCAUUAAUGAAAGCUAUUUAAAUAGUUUUAUACCCAAUGUUUAUUUAUUUCUCUAUUUGAAUAUAUCUAUUUUAUUAUUAUUUACUCGUAGUGUAUUUUUACCUCUGUUGUGUAAUGGUAGUACUGUUAUUACUUUAUUUUGAUUGUUUGCUGCUACUUCAAUUAUAUACAUUUGCAUAUACAUAUACAAUGUAGGAAAGUUACAGGCUUAUCGACAAGAUUAUCAUUCGUCAUUCUUUUACAA